AUGGCAUCCGGGACGCACUUGUUGAGGUCGUGGAGGAUCUCGACGAGGGCGUCCGGCGGCCUACGCUCCAACGCCGCGGCGGCGACGUACACGCGGGCAGGGCGGUGCCGCUAUAGGGCGGCGGAGCCCGGGAGGGGCGCAGCGGACGCGCGCGCAAGGAAGGCGAAGGCCAGGAGCUCGGACGCGGGGCGGGGCCUGGUCCGCGCGGACUGGAGCUCCGCUGCCGGCGAUGGCGGCGCUGACCGAGGAAGGCAACGGCUGGAGGUAGGGAUCGGGACCAUUGGCAGUGGAUCUAGCGCCCCAGAAUACGGUUGUCGUGGAUCUCCAAAACAACCGGUUGAUGGCCGACGGACGGACCCCAGAAGUAGUAGGCGGGAGAGGGGGAUGCGGAUUGAUCUCAACACCGUGGAGGAGGACGAGCCGGCGGGCGGCGCGGUGUGCGGGGAGCUGUGGCACGCGUGCGCGGGGGCCGGGGUGGCGCUGCCGCGGCGGGGCAGCGCCGUGGUGUACCUGCCGCAGGCGCACCUCGCGGCGGGCGGGGACGGUGGGGAGCUGCCGGCCCUUGCGGCGGCGGCGCCGCGCGUGCCGCAGCACGUGGUGUGUCGCGUCGUCGACGUCGAGCUAGGCGCGGAUGCGGCGACGGACGAGGUGUACGCGCGGCUUGCGCUGGUGGCGGAGGAUAAGUUUGCAUUUUGCCACAGCGUUGCAGCGAUAUCACGAGAGUAUAUUUUUGGUAAUGAAAUGAAACGUGGAGUUCUUCGAAAUGAUUGGCUUCGAGUCAAGAGUAAGAGUACAGUGUCACAUCGAUUUAGACGGAGUUAG